AUGUAUUUGAUGGUCUACGAGAAAGCCAGACGACAGAUGUUCCGCCUCGCAGCGGCUGCACGAAGCGGAGUCGUGAUAGCAACCUACUGCAUCACGACACAGUCAUAUAUUCAUGAAGCACGGUUGCAACAUCUGCAUCGGAUGAACGGCACUGAUUAG